AUGGCGCGGCCCAGUAUCCACUUUGGGGUUGUCUACUUCAGUAUCGCAGCCUUGGUACAUUUAAGACCCGAGGAUAGAGUACUCAAUUCAUCCGUUCUGACGUUCAUCGGAUUAUCAAUUAUUGCGACAGCACUCCGAAUCAUCUAUGACUUGAGUCUAUACCCUCAAUUUUUUACUCCUCUUAAACAAUUGCCGACACCACCAACACGAACAUGGCUCAAAGGCAACACGAAGUCUAUUUUUCUGGAGACUCCGCUGGAUGAAAUGGCAGACUGGGUCAGAAAUGUGCCCAAUGACGGAUUGAUCCGCUAUUACAUGGUUGGAAAUUUAGAACGUGUUCUUUUGACAUCCCCCAAAGCCCUCAGUGAGGUACUCGUUCACAAAGCGUAUGAUUUCUGCAAGCCAGAACUGGUCCAACUUCAACUCAGACGUGUUACGGGGAAUGGGCUACUUCUCGCAGAGGGAGAUGAGCACAAGCUACAACGAAAGAAUCUUAUGCCUGCGUUCUCCUACCGCCAUGUCAAAGACCUUUACCCGGUAUUUUGGGCUAAGAGCGCCGAAAUGGCAAAUUUGAUCGAACAGGAGAUCAAAUCUCGAAAGAACCCAGAAGACAAUGUCAUCCAGAUCGGUAACUGGGCCAGCAGAGCGACCUUGGAUAUUGUCGGUCUUGCAGGAAUGGACCAUGACUUUGAGUCUCUACGGGACCCCGACAAUGAGCUCAACCGGCAGUAUCGUCGGUUCUUCAAUGACGACCCCAAGAUGACCAGAAUAAUUGUGCUCCUGGGCUUGUUUGCAGUCGACCUGAAGCUCCUCCAAAAACUUCCCGUCCGGCGCAACAAGAUUGCCCAAGAGACGUCGGGAUUCCUCCGUAGCGUCGCCCGGCAAAUCAUCCACGAGAAGCGUGAGAAGAUGGAAAACAAAACCGAAAGCAACGGGGUCGACAUCAUAUCCGUCGCCCUACAAAGUGGCACCUUCACAGAAGAAAACCUGGUCGACCAAAUGAUGACCUUCCUAACAGCCGGCCAUGAAACAACAGCCACAGCCAUGCAAUGGGCCAUCUACGCCCUCUGCAAACACCAAGACGUACAAACCCGUCUCCGCGAAGAAAUCCGCACAAACCUCCCCUCCAUCUCCACCGACUCACCAGCCCCCCUAUCCGCCGCGACCCUCGACUCACUCCCUUACCUCAACGCCGUCUGCAACGAAGUUCUCCGCUUCUACCCCUCCGUUCCCGCCACAGUCCGUAUCGCCUCUCGCGACACUACCAUCAUAAACACCCCGAUACCCAAAGACACAUUCUUCAUGAUCUCCCCGCACAUCAUCAACCGCCAGGAAGAAUUCUGGGGCCCCGAGGCGGCUACAUUCAACCCAGAACGGUGGAUCGACCCCGAUACAGGACGCACCAACAAGACUGGCGGGUCAAGUAACAACUACGCUUUGCUAACCUUCCUCCAAGGCCCGAGGAGUUGUAUCGGUCAGAUGUUCGCGAAGGUUGAACUUGCUUGUCUGGUUGCUACGAUGGUGGGCAAGUUUGAGAUGGAGCUGAGGAAUCCCGAUGCUGCGUUGGAGAUUAGGAAGGGUGCGACGGUGCAUCCUAAGGAUGGGGUUAUGGCGAGGUUGACGCCGUUGGAGGGGUGGUGA